CAAGCUGAUAACCCUGGAUUCUCAACCAGGCAGGUUGAGGGGCUCCAGAAGAUUGAUGUAAUGCAGAGGAAAUGGGCUUUUCGGUUUUCUCAUUUAUUCAUAGAGUCUGUUUUGGGAUCUGGAGUCUGGAGAUUUCAAAGAGAUCUGGGAGGGAUGAAAUCUCCAAUCCUGGGACCAGGUUUUGGGAAUGGCCAGGACACUGAUUGCACAGGUGUGUGCAGGCCUUUUCAUAGAGGCCUAACCAUGGUUCUGGGCUCCACCCUGGCAGACAGGAGUCAGGAGGGCUCCACCCACAAGAUAGGAGUCAGGAGGGCUCCACCCUGGCAGACGGGAGUCAGGUGGGCUUCACCA